AUGGCAGCAGCCAACGCCGCCCCGGCCCUCGACCUGGCCUCGUCUCGCCGUAGCCUGUUUCGCCCUUGUAUUGAUCUUCACGAUGGACAAGUGAAGCAGAUUGUGGGCGGCACUCUGAGCGAUGACAAGGCCGACGCAGUCAAGACAAACUUUGUCUCAGCCCACCCGCCGCGCUAUUUUGCCGACCUUUACGCCCAGCACCAACUAGAAGGCGGGCACGUCAUCAAGCUGGGCCCCGGUAACGACGAUGCAGCCCGUGAUGCGCUGGCGGCUUGGCCAGACCACUUGCAACUGGGUGGUGGUAUCACAGCAGCCAACGCCGCAGAAUGGAUUGCUGCUGGGGCAUCCAAGGUCAUUGUCACAAGCUGGCUCUUUAAGGAUGGCAAAUUUGACGAGGCCCGGGCCCAGCAGCUCGUUGACACUGUUGGGCGUGAGCGCCUUGUCCUCGACCUCAGCUGCCGGCGCAAGCCAGGCACUCAGGGCUGGUUUGUCGCCAUUCAGCGUUGGCAAGUUGUAACUGACCUGGAGAUCACACAGGCCACGCUCGACCGCCUGAGCAAGUAUUGCUGCGAAUUCUUGGUCCAUGCAGCCGAUGUUGAGGGCCUCUGCCAAGGCAUCGAUGAGGAUUUGGUCCGCUGCUUGGCCGACUGGAGCCCUCUGCCUGUGACCUAUGCCGGUGGCGCCCGAAACCUCGACGACCUUCAGCUAGUCCACACGCUGUCCCACGGCCGCGUAGACUUGACCAUCGGCAGUGCAUUGGAUGUCUUUGGCGGUAGCGGGGCCCGCUUUGCCGACUGCGUGGCCUGGAAUACCACGGGCCUCACGCCCUCAGUCGAGAAAUGA